AUGAACAGUCGUGCUGUGCCAGACACUACCGGAAUCGCCGCGCUCGUAACGACAAACCCACUGCUUCCUGGAGAUGAAUCAAUAUUCGAAGUUCAUCCUAACGAACCAGAUUUCCCUUAUCUCAAUAUACGUACGAUUCAUAUUUCGCGGGAAUCGGAUCGUUUCAAUCCUUCAACAAAUCUAAUUGGUAUGAUCAUUUACGGCUAUAGAGGUGCAACUGAUUUCUAUUUAAAUAAUAGAAAUUGUAAAAUAGGCCAUAUUCUAAUAAAAAGGAGCGACGAAAUGAAUCACAUUCAGGCAGAUACAACGCAUAAAAAGCUUUUCAAGUGGUUCUUUGGUCAAGAUUUACCUCCUGAAUUUAUUGCUGGUGGGUUUGCAUAUCAAAAUGGUCAAUGGAAAUACAAUGCGCUCGUAUUUAAUACUAAACAAGAUAUCUAUCAUAAUAAUAAGAAAGGAAUGUCUCUUACUGAGAAACAACUGCUUGGCGGUGCUUUGUCACGACUUUACAUCAAUCAUCGAUGGCAACAAGAUCCAAAUAUUUCCGUGCGAGAAAUUUUUUCGUCAAAUGAAGGAUGGCAGUUAUUCGAAUCAGUGAAUACUGUUGUUAACCCGAAUCGUGUUGACAAAGUAAAUAAAUAUGGUCGCGCAGCAACUAUUGGAGUAACCGGCAAAUAUUAUUGUGGUGACUACCUUGAUGUCAUCCGUUGCUCGUGUUGCGAUGGUAGAUGCGGUCCAGGUAAUGGAUGCAAUUGUUCUGGUUGUAUGGAACUUGACAUUGAAAAUCGCAGACUACCGAAAGGGACAUUGGUCAAUCGAGAUGGUGCACCGGCAAGUCGCAGUCGAAUAGAUGGACAAACAUUCUAUUGUGGUCGUCCCGUAUUGAGACGAACGAAUUCUUGUGAUGGAUACUGUGGACCUAACAACGGACCUCAAUGCUAUGCUUGCCAAGCACUAAAUGAACAAACGCCACGCUAUAAAACAUUAUUAAAUGAAUACGACUAUACAUAG